AACAUUUGGAGUUAUUUGGAGAUCAGCCAUAUAAAUUGUAAUAUAAAUCAUAAUGCCUCUGCUUAUUAUUUACAAUUCAUUUGAAGUAAUACAAUCUUAUUGUGUGAAAGUGGGUUUUCCCGUAGCCACAAUAAUGCGCAUUAAGGGAACUUUUUGGACAGUUAUAAGUAUAACACGAGACGUCUGAAUAACAUUUUUUUUAAAGACUUUAAAAUCAGCUGUUUAGUGUUGAUAUGGACUAGGUUUUCCCCCAAAGAAGGUGGAAAACAGUUGACAAAGUGACUGAAUGGUAAACAUACGCUGACAUUGGACAAUUAGAUACCAGCGUUUCAUCAGAUGUGAUCAAUUAUUAUGCAGGAAAUACAUACUGUAAUGGAUGUGGUUUGAUAUCAACAAGUGAUGUUCAAAGUACACUUAUAUUAACUUUGUUAUCGGAGUGUAUCUGUAGUGUUAACCGCUGUGGUUUUCAGUUUUUAAAAUGUAUAAAGCCACAUAUUGUGGGAUACCACAAAUGAUGUUACAUUUAAAUUUUAAAGCUAAAAUGCUUAAUGUCUGAAAAUGUGGAAUAGUUGUAUUUUGAGAUAGUUGGACUAAAAACUGUGAAUAAACAAUGGGGGCUGUAAAUAGCUGCUGUAUUCCUCGAAAAAGUGGAAUAGAGGAAGAAAAAGUUGCGAAGAAUGGUUUUCGGAAACACAAGCGCCAGUUGAGUGCAGCUUUCAACAUGACGCUGUUAGACGAGGAAAAUAAGGCCUUGGUGAAAAACCAGCUUGAUAUCAACACUGCUACUGAGGAAGAGUUAAUGACUUUGCCGGGAAUUAAUCGAGUCACUGCGAAACAAAUCGUUGAUUAUCGACGACAGAUCCGGGGGUUCAAACUUGUUGAGGAUUUAGCGUUGGUUUCAGGGGUGGGUGCUGUGAAGCUUGAAGCAAUCAGGCAUGAAAUUAUUGUGAAUAAAAAAGUAAACGGGAAUGGUUCGCCCGAAAAUGGUAGAAUGUCGAACAAGCGUGAAAGUAGUGGCCCGAGGGUAGUGAAUUUGAAUACCGCUAAUGUGUUUCAGUUAAUGAAGGUGAAGGGUAUCGGACAGACUUUAGCAGAAAAUAUUGUGACUUACCGAGACAAAAAGGGGCAUUUUACAAAUAUAGAUGACUUGAUUAAGGUUAAAGGCAUAGGCCACCAUGUUUUAAGUGCAAUCAAACCACAGUUGACGCUGGAUGAAAAUGUGACUAGCGAUAGUGUUUCAUACUCCUCGUCUAAAAAAUCGUCAAAUUUAAAUAAUAGUGCAAUACCAAGCAGAACGUCUGACAUUUCCUUGAAUUCGGAGAAUAAUUCCAUUAACCCACCAAACGAGUGCUCAAAGGGUUCGCUGGAAAACUUAUUGGAGACAUUAGGUCCAUUUUCUGAGAAGGCAGAACGUCCUGCUGUUGAUUUUCCAACAUUUAAGUGCAAUAAUCGAGGUGCAGUGAGAGUUGCGUCUUGGAACCUUCAAUGUUUCUCGUCAGAUAAGGCAUUAAACCCUGGAGUAAAAGAUGUCGUAUGCAUGACCAUCUUGGAAAACGGAUUUAGCAUCAUUGCAGUGCAAGAGCUUGCUGAUCAAGAAGGACUUCAGAAGAUAUGUGAUGAAUUGAACGCACCAACGCUUCCAAAUGUUACACGAUGGGCAGGACAGAGAGGAAAGUGGAAAUGCAUCGUGUCAGAGUCUACUGGUCGCAUGUACAUGAGUAAUGAGUACAACGGAUUUCUCUACGACGAGUCCCAGGGCAUAUCUCUGAUCAGCUCCUGUCUCCUUGCUAAGGACCGCAAACAGAAACCUUUCACACGUCGACCAUUCAUCGCCACAUUCAAGAUUAAGCGGUUUGAUUGUGCGAUGGUGAGUGUCCACCUAAAGGCGACAGGACUGGACAAUGAAGAUUUGGGUCGGUUGCAGGAGGAAAUCGACAAAAUGCCGAACCUUGUGGCGGCUAUACAGGCUGAACUGCCAGGAGAAAGAGACAUCAUUUUACUGGGAGACUUCAACCUUUCACCAGAUGCACAAGAUUUUAACGACCUUAGAAACAUCGGAUACCAUAACUGCAUAGCAGAAGGCGUGUUUACAAAUAUCAGUGAAGCAAACAAAAAAGGCAGCAAAACUUAUGACAACAUCUGGUUGGCUAAACAGACCAAACAAGUUUUUACAGGCAACUGCGGCGUUAUCAGGGAAGGUUUGACCAGUCCUUGGAUUCCAGCCGGAUGGAAAUGGGGUGGGGUCGUGAGUGACCAUUGUCCAAUAUGGGCCCAGCUAUAUACCGGAAAGGACUUGGACACUGGCGAUAUCAAAAUUGGAACUGAAGCUAUCAGAUUUGCUCUAGGAAAUGAUUGAUAAUUUAACUGUGUUUCUUUAGGACUUUAAAUGAAGUAAAUGAUAUUAUUUAUAUGGAUGUACAUUAAAUUACAAUUACAAAAAAAAGGGUUACAGUUAGGCUCAGUGAUUCCAUAAAUGAAUUUAAUAUCAUGUACAUAAAUCAUCAAAUAUUUGUAUUGAUUAUGAUUGAUAAUAAUUUUUUACCAAUAGUUGAGUGUAUAUGUAUGUUAAUGCACUGUUUGCUUUUAUUAUAUUUUGCUUAUAAUCCAAGCAAUAAUGAAUGUCAUUUUGAUGAGAAUGAUUUUAAAAGUUGAAGAUUGAAGGCCAGUUUGCAUCGUUUCAUAUUAAUUGGUGCUUUUCAUUAAUUAAUUUCAUAUUAGUAACAUUUAUUGAGAAGAAAAAUAAUCAUUUUCUUAAAUUUUUACAUGUACAUUUUUAUCAGUUUCUACUUUCUUAAAUUUAUCAUCAAGAUUAGUUACUUCUGCAAGUCAUAAUUUUUAAAUCUAUCUGCAAAAUGAACUAGAUUUUAUCCAGGUGAUCUCAUGGAGUAAUAAAAUUACAUCAUGUAUCAUUUAUGAAUACAUGUACAUACUAUACAUGUAUGUACUAAUUAUACAUGUAGUUUUUAUGAUGCUAAAAUUAUUCAAUUACACCAAUGUAUUAAUUCUGAUUUUUACAAACAAAUAAUUAUGAAAUAUUUUAUCCGUUUACUUUCAUUUAAUUAUUCUUUCUCGAUAAAUUUUUAGUUUUAUUUUUUAAAUUGAGGUAUUGUUAAUUGAGGUAUAGUUAUAAUCUUGAUGUCAGUUUUGGUAUUUGAAAAUUGACCCUAGGCUAUAAUUUGAAAUUUGCUUCAAGUUAUUUUCAUAAAACUUUGAGCACAUGUUACCUGAGUGAACUACAUACAUAAAAAGCAAGACCUCUAGCUUAGAAAGGUAAAUAACUCAGACUUCAUUUUUAUUCUGGCAAAAAGCAAUGAGUUAUGCCCCUUGAUCAACAAAAUACAGAUGAGGGUUGGCAUCCAAUUGCUGUCCUUUUGUUGUUCUAAUGGUAAACAUGUAUAAUUGAAUACUUGUGUUAUAAUUGAUCCAUGCUUAUACUGUAGAUUUUUGUUAUUUAUUUCAUUCAAUGCAAUUUUUAUGACAUCAAUGCAGCCUAAUAUUACAUUAUUUAAAUCAGUAUGUUAGUCGCUAAUGUUUUUUUAUAAUAUAAUACCAUAAAAACCAUGUAAUAUUUAUUGCUUUAGAAAACACAUGCGACAUUUAACAUACUUAACAACUGAUGUGAAGAUUUGAUUGGAUUUUGUCCACUCUUUGUAAGUGGCUGCAUCAACCAACCUUGGUAAAUCCCCUCCUUCUAUAACUUGAGAGUAAAACGAUGUGUCUACAAAGCUAUGACUAGAGUAGUAGAAAGGGAUAUCAAUGAAGGAAAUGGUUAUCAAUGAAGGAAAUGGAUAUCAAUGAAGGAAAGGGAUAUUAAUGAAGGAAAUGGAUAUCAAUGAAGGAAAGGGAUAUCAAUGAGCGAAAGGGAUAUCAGUGAAUGAAAGGGAUAUCAAUGAUGGAAGGGGAUAUUAAUGAGGGAAAGGGAUAUCAGUGAAUGAAAGGGAUAUCAAUGAUGGAAGGGGAUAUCAGUGAAUGAAAGGGUAUCAAUGAGGGAAAGGGAUAUUAAUGAGGGAAAUGGAUAUCAAUGAAGGAAAGGGAUAUCAAUGAAGGAAAGGGAUAUCAAUGAGGGAAGGUUAAAAAAGAACGAUUUCAGAAAUGAAUGCAUUGAAAUGUUUGUCCAUGGCCUUAACAUCUGACUGCAAUUUUUUUGGAUGAUCCUUAAACUUCCUUUUAACAGGAUCAAGCUUUGCUCACUAUUUAUUUUUGUUAAAAUUUUAUCAUUUUCUCCUUUUUAACCAGCUUUUAGUCUUUAAAAGUAAAUUAUUUUAAAGAUAAUCAUGAAAAACAAUGUUUUGCUUUACAAAUAUAGUUUCAUCUCAGUUAUUUGGCUAAAUGAAUUAUGCUGCUAAAUUUGUUAAGCUUAAUAAGAUUGUUUGAAAUUGAGACACAUGCUUUACAUCAGAUUAUUGUCAUGAUUUGGUCUAAACAUAUUUACUUCAUGAAAAUGUACAACUGACAAAAUAUAUUUCAUUCAAAAUGUCUAAGACUUUUAUCCGAAAUUAAAAGUUAUAAAGGUCAUCUUUGCAUGGUUUAUUUUACAGGUAGGAACAUUCAAAUAAAAUCACAUCAACUUGAUUUCAUUUCAGUUACAAACGCCUAGAUCUGAAACACUGUUCAUGGUGUCGAUGAUAAAAAUCGAGGUGAUGUUCAGUUUUUCUUUCUGCCAAAAUGUCAAAGGAUUCAUGUAUGUGAUCAUUCUUUCAUCCAUAAUCAUCACACAGUUCAUACAUAUAUCUCAUUGUGUAUCAAUGUUCAUUGAAUUUUGUUUAUGCUUGGUAACAAAAAAUAAAAAAAUAAAAGCA